UCGUUUACAAUUUACAAGCGCAGCGUGUACCGGCCGGCCGCUCUCCGCUUUUAGUCGUCAUUCAGCCGUUCGCCUGGCUUCUCGUCACCAAAACGGUUCCCCAACGACAAGUAUGUGCAUAUCCUACGAUAACAAAACCACAGAUUCGCUUCUUGAUGUGUCCGUAGAGUGUUUCAGCCCCCAGCAGCAAUCCGUGCAAAGGUUACUCGUCCGGAGAUUGUACUUUACCGAUAACGCAUAGUGUCAUCCGCUUCAUCUUCAAAACUUUCUGUUGUUUCGGAGUUUAUUCCUUCAGUGCCGGUCACCUCAACUCUUCCUUCAGCUAUGUCGACCGGAAAGAGAAUCGCCAAGCGCUCGAUCAUCGGUACGCGCGUUUGUGCUCCGGGUGAGGACGGCAAGUACUAUUCCGGAGUGAUCCAAGCGGUCAAGACUCCGGCAAACGUGGAAUCGAACAGCAAUUGCCUGAAUCUGACGCCGAACACCCGGUAUACGGUUCGGUUCGAUUCGAGGCAAGGGAAUUUGGGUCGUACCACUGCGGAGUUUUUCGAAAAUGACCUUAUAGGACCUGGAUUUCAAUCGGUGCUAGGUACUGAGUUGGUGUGCCACCAAAAGUGUUUCGUCACCUUCAACGGAAGGGAGAUUUGCGGAGAAGUGAUGAAGCAUCACGUGGAAACCGACGAAGUGAUUAUAAGAAUUCACCCCAAUGGCAAGGAGGCUCCAUUCGAGGUGCAAAAGAAACUGGAAGAAGUUCGCCUGUUGGAAUCGAGGAAAUCAGCAAGACUGGCCGACCAGGAUACUGACUUCGCUCGUUUGGCCGACAUGGCAGGAGAUAGAAAAAGAACUGCCUCGCACACCAUCGAUGUUCCAGCCCCAUCAUAUCAUGGAUCUCGCAAAAGAAGGACAAGUAGUAGUCAAGAUGAAAAUCUACAUCCGAAAGCCAUGGAUGAAUGCAGUGCUGCACUGGUACUCAUGAGUCUUUCAUGUUCUCCGCAAAAUGCUUUUUCCUUUGGAACCUCGCCCGGAAGCAGCAGCAGCAGCUCGGCGUCCUUCCGGUCCACCCCCUCGCCCCCGCCCAGCACCUCGCCGAUACUCUCCUUCAGUUCGGGGUCGGACGAGGGGAUCGUCAUGGACUAUAUGGCAGAAGACCAGCCUCGCAAAAAGAAGAAUUUGACUCGUGUUGUCUACCAGUGCACAUUCAGAGGAUGCAGCAAAUCAUCAAAUACCUGCAAUGAUAUUGAACACCAUGUUAGAACAGAACAUAAUGUAUCAGAGAAAGAAGAAGAGUUCUACUAUACCGAAUUCGAAAUGGGAUUGACCAGUUCACCCCCAACUUUAUCCCACCGUGACAUGGCUCGUCCACCAUACGAAGACCCAGACUACCAACGCCAACUCGUCGGAACCAUGAGGCAGACUCUCUUCUCCAACCCCGCUACCAUCCCCCAGAGCCCCCACAAGCUCCUCAAGCUGUCCCCCAGGCCACACAGCCCCAAACUACCCACCUCACCGCGUAGAGUACGUGGCGAGAACAAAAAAUGCCGAAAAGUGUACGGUAUGGAGCACAGAGAACAAUGGUGCACCCAGUGCAAGUGGAAGAAAGCCUGCUCUCGCUUUGGAGAUUGAACAUUGUCACCCAGCAUGUUUUUAAGAAGAUUUUGAUUAAGAUAAGACUUUGUAGUAGUGCGUUGAGUAUGUUAUGUGUUCGUUCUCAAACUAAAGGAAUGUAGAAAGAGCGUUUCAGAAUAAAAAUGCUCUGGAUCUCAAAUCACAAAUCAAAGUACAAACGAUAAAAGAAGACACUUUUUGACACAGAACUGUGUCUCUGUCAAUGCCAGGAGGAGUUUUGAGUGCACCAAGUGAAAUCAGAUCAUUGUUGAACAUCCUUAAACGAGGAAGUUGGUGUAGGAGUAUAAAAUCGUGAUAAUUUUUGUGUUAUUAGAAAAUAAGAUGGUCACGGGCACUCUUACACUGAUGGUCUUGAUGACGUUUAACGAUGUUUUUCUUUUGACAUAAUAGGUCGUGAAUGACGCAAUAUACUUUAUCACGUCGAGCAAUAGAAUUGCAGGUGUUAAAUGUCAAAAUAAAUGUUUUGUUAUGGGAGCAAUACGUGGCAUACAACUUUGAAUUGAAGAAUGACUAAUUUCAGUAGUAGUACUACUGGAUCAACAUUGAAAACAUAGGAAAUCCCAUGCAAAAUUCGAACUGUCCAGAUUUUGGCUCUCCUGUUAGUUUUACAGCGAUGUUGUCAACCAAUGAUUUUAUCGUUGUCAAAUGUAAUUUGUUAUGCUCACAAAACAUCCCCCUUUAGAAUUUCUACUAUAUGUCAUGAAAUGAAAGUAAAAGAAGCGCCCCCUUGAGUUUGCUCAAAAAACAAUUCGAAUCUUUCCGGGGAUUUGGAAAACGAAAAAAACUGUCAUUUUUGUUGUCGUAAUUAGGAACGCUACAGUUCUUUUUUGCAGGUUUGGGUUCUCGGUCGAAAAAAGCCACUGCAAUUAAAUAUGAAUAAUUAAAAUAAAAUGUACUUGGUAAAUGAUAUAAAAUGAAUAACUUUGAGUUUUGACCGUUAUUUCUUACCAACACGACAAAUAUAAAAUCCCUCUGUCAAAAAAAUUACUGAUAUUCUUUAAAUUGAGUGCCUGAACGAAUCAGAUAGGUAACUCUUUUUAAUUUCGUGAAAUAGAAA